AUGAACCUGUUCGAAGGAGCAGCGACGCCCUGUCCCGGCCCAAGAUCAGACUGGAGCGCCUCCGCGGAUAUCUGGGACGAUGGUUUUGACGCGUACGAAGAUACUGGCGCGAUUGACUUCACCACAGAGAUCAGACCCCCUGUGCUCCGUACAGCAAAGCCUAGAAGAGCAAAGACUGCCGCCUUCACGAUACACGAGGAUGGAAAAGAAGCUACGUCUAAAACGCAGUCACAGUCACAGACAGAAGCAAUGGCUUUGAAGAGAAGGACGGUCGAUAGGAAAUCGACGAUGUUUGCCCAGCCAGCUCAACGCUUCAGGCCAAAGGUCAGCUUUGCUAUCAGUCCUUCAGACGAUGCCUCGACCAAGGCAACAGUACCGCAAGCAAAGCCCGUCACCAACAGAGCAGCAACAAGCCAGAGACAAUCUGUGAAACAAGAGGAUAAAUCUGUGGAUACAAUUCAAAAGAAGGAUGCCUUGAAAAAGGACGUGCGACGAAACACGGUCUACAUCCCUACUGAGGACACUACCGUCGCCAGCGUGUUUAUGAGCAUCUUCAGCCCCAUAAAGAAUGACAAUCCGGAUGGAGUUCAGCGCGUAAUUCCGGAAGAUACGGAGCUAAACAGUUUGGAAGCGCAAAUAGCGAAGAAACGGACGGCGAAGAAAUCGACUACGACUGCGCCACGAAGAACACCAUUACAGCAAAGUCUAAAAGUCGUGCAGGAGAGCACAAUAAACGCCGACAUUGCUGGUCAGAACGGCGGAAAGGAGAAUGUACCACCGGGAGGGCUUCUAAUUGGAUUCAAGGAGAAGGAUAGCAAAGCGGAACUCCCUGUCUUCGAGCUUCCUUUGAAGAACAAGUCUGACGGUGGGAAUCGCUUACCUUCAUCAAGAGUGACGAAAUCCCAGUCAACAAGCAUGCUCUCUGCGAGAAAUGUCGAAAAGGGUCCCAUCACGAGCACAGCCCGUCGGCCGGCUUCGAAGACUGUACUCGGCGUCAAACAGAACGGUGCCAACCCGGUAUCCAUGAAAUCUGGCAUAAGGAAAACUAGCACUUCAACUACAAGAACCGUCUCUCGCAGGAAUCCAGCAAAGAUCUGCAAAAGCUCAACCUUAUCCAGCUUAUCUACGUCUUCGAGGACGAAAGUGCCUCCCUCGAAACUGAUCACCCCCAACGUACCUGUCAAAGUCGACCAGAAGUAUCCGUUGCUCGCUGAAGAUAUCGCAAACCCCGCUAUGUAUGAAGACAAUUGGCUCGCUCACCAGGAGAUCGUUAUCACUCAGUUAAUCAACGGCCUAUUCGAUUCAGCCUAUGGAAAUCUAGACUUGAACGACCCUGACAUUCUACGACAUGAUCUUCUUGAAAUAUACAUGGAUCGUCCUUUUAAACUGCUCUACAAGAGGCUUCAGGCGUCCAUAUUGUACGGGGCGUUGGGUAUUCCGAAAGACGUCCUUUCUCGAGGAAGUCGCUGGAAGGAAGAUUUGGGCCUAAAGCGGAAGUUCCUGGACUUCUGGGUACAGACAUACGAUCUAACCGCGCUGAGGGCAGCCGCAGAGACUGUCAUCGGUCGAAGGAUAUCUGCUCCAUUGCGUCUGUCAAGCAGCAGGAACGGUUCGUCGGCGGAUCAGGCGGCCCAGAAGCAGGAGAAGCUCCUUAGACGGACAUUAGAGGCUUUCUUGGAGACAUUCUUGAUCCGAAAUGAAGAUCAAGAUCAGGAUUCAACAGAGCUCAAAGCCGGAGAAGGCGGUGCAGUUGGUUGGGGAUAUCGACGGAUGGUCCUUCGCAGCAUUCUGAUGAUUGUCCUCCUCGACAAGGCCAGGACAACCCCUGAAACUUCACUUCCUCGUCGGCUAUUCAAUGCCUCAUCGCCUUAUAAAACCUCUGCGGCUGUUCUUCAGGCUCUUGGAAAUAUGCUUCUACCAUCUGUGGGCGACAUCAACAGAGCACUCAGCCAUCUGCACUGUCAGGUGGCAUACACGCAACAUCCACUGCAGGAGUAUGAAUUUUGUAUCAACAAUCUAGCAGUCGAUCUCCGGGACGGUGUACUACUGACAAGGCUCGUCGAGUUGUUGCUUUAUCCUUCUGCUUCCCAGAUCCUUUCUCGUCAGCACGACCCGGAUACGUCAACCACUGUGGCGAUGCCAACAGGAGAAGUUCUUCCCCUCUUGCAGGGGGAGAAUGAUUGGCCCCUAUCACAGCAUCUGAAGCUUCCAUGCGUAGGACGCGUGACAAAACUGUUCAACGUCCAAAUUGCUCUCAGUGCUUUGCGGGGAGUCAAGGGCGUGGGAGUCAUCGUGAAGGAUAUCCGUGCUGGUGAUAUUGUCGAUGGACAUAGAGAGAAGACCAUCGCUCUUCUUUGGGGCCUAGUUGGGAAAUGGGGCCUUCCGGGACUGAUCGAUUGGGAUGAUGUGAGGAAAGAGAUUAUCCGACUGGAGCGAAAAGUGUCUCUAAGAUCAGAAGGCAUGCAGGAGGACGCUGAGAUCUCUGACUGCGAAGACGACUUCGACGAUGGAUAUGAGAGGCAUGCUUUCUUGUUGAAGAAAUGGGCGUCUGCUAUCGCUCGCGUAAGGGGCUUGCAACUUACGAACCUCACCACGAGUUUCGCCGACGGCAGGAUUUUCGAGGCUAUUGUGGAUGAAUAUGAAGACUACAUUAUUGGUUCGAAGCCCGCAGAAGGCUGUGUCUCUGGUGAAGCACCCAUGUCCACGAAAUCUGCUAGCGCAGCCCUUGGCUCUCGUCUUCGGGCCCUGGGCUGUAGCUCUCAAUUCGCAACCCUGGUGUCACCAUCCGCAGUCUCAUCUCGCAUUUUUGAUCGCGACUUCACAUUGGCUUCGCUCGCCUUCCUUUGCUCUCGUCUGCUAUCUGCUUCGAAGCGAACUAGAGCGGCCCUCGUCCUUCAGUCCGCGUGGCGCCACAUUCUUGCGCGUCGCACGCUGCAUCGCCGUGUUGCCGCACAGGCGGUUGCAAGACAGUGUGCUGCCGUCGUUCAGACAAGAGAUCGCAUUUUAUGGGCCAAGGGUGUCAUAGUCACCUGGUGGAGACGGCAGAAAGCCAGGAAGGCAGUAAGGAUCGCCAGGGCUAGAAGCGGUCCGGAGGUGAUCAGAAAACUCUCGAAACCUGGCUUCAAAAGCGCUCUGCCAGUUGCGAUUCCCAAGCGGCAGAGUAUGAGACCUAAUUCCACUGCGCAUCAAAGGCAGAAAGACAGGACGGUGGUUAUAACCAAAGAAUCGGUGGAGUCCGAUAAAGAAAAUGAGACCCAGAGCGAUCUCUGGUUGUCUCUGUGA